AAUAUCUCUGGCUGUGUGUGUUGUCGGACCUCAGUGGGUGGGACCAAACGAUACCUCAACAACAAGAUGGAAUAAUCGUGACAAAUGAAGGGAAACCCGUCAUUGACAACGUUCUAUUUACUUGUGGCAGGUUAUUAAUUGAAACGCUUUUUAAAUGUCAGUUCUUAGGACGUGAAGGUUGUUGGCACAACAUCAACAAUGCAGCUGUCUCCCACCAACGGAGAUUUUACCUUCGUCUCGUCAACUGAAGCUGAGGAUCUAAGUGGUACUAUCGAUGCCCCAGAUGUUAAAUUGAACAUGGGCAGCGACAAUGCAAAAGACCCAUAUGCAACCACGUUCCUGAGGAAACGAGGCUAUGGCUGGCUACUGGAAGUAGACGAGGAUGACCCAGAAGACAACAAGCCUCUUCUGGAGGAGCUGGACAUCGACCUGAAAGACAUCUACUACAAGAUCCGAUGUGUGCUGAUGCCAAUGCCCUCCUUGGGCUUCAACCGGCAGGUUGUGAGGGACAACCCUGACUUCUGGGGUCCUCUGGCUGUAGUGCUCCUGUUUUCCAUGAUCUCCAUCUACGGACAGUUCAGGGUUGUGUCUUGGAUAAUUACCAUUUGGAUAUUCGGAUCUUUAACAAUCUUUCUGCUGGCUCGUGUUCUCGGUGGUGAGGUGUCUUAUGGACAAGUCCUUGGAGUGAUUGGAUACUCUCUACUCCCGCUCAUCGUUAUAGCUCCCUUGCUUUUGGUCAUUGGGGGUUUUGAUGUUGUUUCUACACUAAUAAAGCUUUUUGGGGUAUUCUGGGCUGCUUACAGUGCUGCUUCUCUACUUGUUGGGAAUGAAUUCAAAACCAAGAAGCCUCUUCUCAUAUACCCUAUUUUCCUUUUGUACAUCUACUUCCUGUCACUAUAUACUGGGGUCUGAUUGGACACAUGGCUACUGGGGGCACUUUGGUUGGAGACUGACACAAAGCACUGUGAAAAGACACACAAGGAUUCAUUCCACAAUGAAAAUAAGGAACAUGGAUUUUUUAAAAGGUUAUUAUCUCCCUCUUCUUUUAUCUCUGUUUACAAUCCUAGACUGUGGGGAUAAGGGUAUAUGUUACGUCAGUGUAUUUAAAUGUGCCCCUUACCUCUUUGCUCAUUAAAAAGCAGCGUAUAGUGUAAGGCUGCAUUCAGAUUUUAUUGUAAUUAGAACCCUGGUUUUGCAUUCGCAUCAUAUAAUUAUUUAAUUAAGGUGUGAAAUCUGGUUUUUGUAAUCAUGUUGGGGACACACAGAUUUUUGUUAAUGCUUUUAUUCCAUAGAGGAAGGUGGUGCCAAAUACAGUGCACAAAUGUUCAAUUAGAACCAAGGGGUUAAGAAAGACGUCAACCCCUAACUGAGGUUCCACCAUUAUUUUGUAAGGUAGUGGGUUUAACAUACUGUUAUGUGUUAUUUAGUUGUCAUUUUAUGCACCUUUUACAAACCUUUAUUUCUUAACUUAUGAAUUUCAGCCUGGGUAGGCCAGUAGAUGGGCAGUUUGAGUGAAAUAAAACAGUCUACUAAAGUG